AGCAGCAUCUUCACAGAAUUUUCACUUGUGCCCGCACGGGAGUCGUGGCUGCUGCCCCAACAACUCAGGCAGAAAAGCACGAUCGUUAAUAAUUGACUGGUGAGAUAAUGAAAUAGCCGAGCCUGCUGUUUGCUUUUCUUCCUUUUCCACUGCCACCAUAACACUACGCACGACAGAACGUAAUAAACCAAAGGCCAGUUUCCAUCAGUGAGGCAGAGGGGCUGUGUGUGUCACCUGCGCAGCUGUGAUGCCCGUGGAGCUCCUGCUGCCUCUGAGACAUCCUGGUCGAGUGGUGGAGCAGGAUCCUCUAGAUAUUAGUGGAAUGUGACUGCAGAGAAAAAUGUGCUUUUCAAACAGUUUGGUUGUGGACAUUUAAUCAGACUUUGUCUGGGAAGGCUGCGACAUGGCUUCAUCUGGGAAUGAGAUAGAAAGAUGGGCUCACAGGCAAAGUGGCAGACUUGGAGAGCUGGUAGAGCCUGUGACCUCUCCUGAAAACGGCAGUGGUCUUUCACCAGUGAAGCUGAUAGGCAGCGUAGACCAUCUCUUGCAUCUCCCUGGAAGAGUGGACUCUGCUUACAGCUCUUUCUCAGGGGGAUCAAAUGUUCCAGAGUAUUCCACCCUAUUGCGCUCUAGUGAAAACUGGUGUUUGCCUCCAGAGCAGGUACCGUACAUGGACUCGGAAUAUGUAAGCGGUAUUUAUAAUCUCAGUGCAGAAAACUCUGACCUCAGAUGCCUGCAUCCAUACAAGGCACCAGACCUGAGUAUCCAUAAAAAGUCUCACAGCACUGGUCUCGCUGAAUGCUGUGGAAGCACUCCUACCCGAGGGACUUUAAAUCAGGGACCACUAGCUCUGGUGGCACCUCCACCUUCUCCUCCCACAAGACUUGAUAGCUAUAAAGUCACUAGACAUCUUGAGAACUCAAGAGGGAGGCACAACUCUGGAAGUCACGGUGAGUAUGGUGUGAAGGACAAUCAGCUAACAGAUAGGGAGCUGCCAUGGCGCCAACGCAGGGAUGAACUUACAGAGCAAGAUACAGCGGCUGCUAGGGGAAAAAGUCUGGAAAACAAGGGCCUUUCUACUGACUCUGCAAAUGAGGUAUCUAUAUCAAAAAUUCAGGGGUUGAAGGUGGAGGAAAACGGAGAGUGGAGACCAUCCCAACCUAUAAAGAGAAGCAAUCCACACAUUUUCAGCAGGCCUUCUUCAUUCAUUUUUCAAGAAUAUUUAAAGACUGACUCUGUGUCUAAUGUUCCUAAAAUACUUUCUGCUUAUAACUCAGAUCAUGUUUAUAAAAUUACUGAAGAGAUGAACUCCAAGUCCCAUCACCCAGCGCAUACCAACCCUAACGCUGUUAAUGAUACACAAGAAGACAAACAGUGUCCUGGUGGAGUACGUAAGCCAGCUUUCAGAGCAGCGGAUCUGCAAAGCGCAGUGCCAGAACCCAGCCAACGACCAGGAUCCUUGCCCUGCACUCAGCGCCCGCUCCGUGCCGAGCUGCAUUCAGACAUGGAUCAAGAUGUGUUUGAGGACAGCUGUGACUUAAAAUAUAUGGAGAAUGCUCCUCUAAUUACAAAUGCUUCCAGGAAGCUGAACAGUUGUACAGACGAAAAUCAGUGCUAUGACUCUGAAGAAAAAAUUGGGAGUCAUUUUAGGGAGCCACUCCCGAAUCAGCAAGCCAAAAUGCAGAGAUCAUUGCUGUCCUGCAGCUACAAUGCUGUAGAAGCAGGGCACCUUCACGGUGAGGAGUCAGAUCAGGGAAAUAAGCAAUGCUGUGAUAAUAAUAGCCAGAUGUCCUUUUUCAGACCAAACGAAGACUCCACAUCUCAGUUUUUAUGUGAAGUCAAGAAAGAAAAACAGGCUAAUAAAGGCAGUCCUGACCUUAGUGUGGCUCUAGAACAAGAGGAACCUCCUGUUCAGAAAUAUCAAGCUGAAUUUCAAAAACAGUGCUUAAGAAAGCCUCAGGAUGAUCUCGCUGGUGAACAGAUAACCAGGCAGACGACUCCCAUGCUUUACUAUCUUUCUGGGGGGAAACCCACCAAUAUCCUGCACCACAACAAGCCCACCCAGUAUCAAGGGGACUCAAGGAGCUCACCAAAGGAAUUUCCAGCAAGCGGCUGCUCUGCCUCAGCGCGGUGUCUAGAGAUACAAAGGGAGAGCAAACAGGUCCAGAGGACAAGCCACCACCAUCAGGGCAGUGCUGAUGAUCUCCUGCCCAAGACCAAUGAUCUCAUUCUCGGGAGUCCUGCUUCAUUCAUGGAUGAGAGUUUCAAGAAUGACUAUAGAGAGAAACUUAAAGUGGCUCAGAAGAAGGUUCUGAGAGAAACUUCCUUUAAAAGAAAAGACUUGCAGAUGAGUUUGCCUGUGAGACUGAGACAGAAACCCUCUAAAAGGCCAUCAAUUGAACACCUUCGGUCUUUCUCGUUAUCCAGUGCAAACGAGGAUGCCAAACCUGUUCUUUCUUCCCCUUCUCAUCUAGAAUGCUUGCAAAGUUUCAGUAGAGAUGAAGAAAUUAAGAGGCCACAAGCAGGUCGAAUAGGGGCAAGGAAAAGGGUAACCAAAGAGCAAAAGAAACUGUGUUAUUCUGAACCUGAGAAGCUCGACCAGCUAGCAGAUAAGGAAGUAUCAUGGAGUCAAGUCAGGGCUGAAAUCACUGAGCAAGACACAGUGGCAGCUAUGAGGAAGACUCUGGAGAACAGAGGGAGGGCACUUCCCAGUUCAGGUAUCUCCAGGACAGAGCUGAAACAAAUCCAGCAUACUGCACUUAUCGAAUACAUGGAACGAAAGAUUAAUCAAAGACCAGGUAGCUCACAGCAUCUCCCGCUGCAUAAGCCACCCCUGCAGAAGAGGCUGUUGCAUCCCAGGUGGCCUCCUGGCAAGAUUUCCAAUCCAAAUGGGAGCAGGAAGACACAAAAAAAUGAUAUUUUCUGCAAAGAAAAAUCGCCAGAUGUUUUUUCUCCUUUGGCUUUUGUUCCCCCGCUGAGUGUGGGCAGCAGGUGCCAUCCCAGCCCUGCUGCUGGUGGUACCACAGCCCUGAGGCAGGACCUGUCUCCCAGCAAAGCGAGGGGGAGCUGCACCAGCAGGUGUGUGUCAGCUGAAUGUCUGCCACGGGCAGGUGCUCCUGCAUCUGGGAGAGCUCGUGAGAGAUCAAAAUCGACUCCUCCUUCCACACAGGAAAAAAAGAUGGAUGCUACCUAGGAAGAGCAUAGUAGCAAUUUCAUUAAUAAAAAGAGGUAGACAAAACAAAGCAAAAAAACCCACAGAAGCACAAACCUUGGUGAACCUACUCGGAGAUCUACUGUUGGGCUCUGUUU